AUCGAUCUUUGGUUUCCUGCUGCGACCGCUACGAACCUUUCACGAAGCUCUAUACUCUUGACUAAUUAAUAAUGAGGCGGUCGUGGAUCACAUCCGAUUGGAAACCUGGUUAUGUGGCACGAGGUUAUCAUUCAUGUGGAAAUGGCUGACGGGAUGGACGGCUCCACGCAGCGUUUUAUGAACUACUCACCUAUUCUAUCAAUUUCUAUAAUGUGCGAGCCGCCUACUUUCCCGGAAGAAUGUCCAAUUUCGUGCCCCCUGCGCUUGUGUAGGUUGAUGGGAGUGCCCCGGACUUCACAAAGACACGGCCGAUCAGCCAAGUUGGGGCUGUGGAUUGAAGUGCAUCUGAUCAGCGCCACGGCCUUGGAUCCGCGACGAGCUUUGGAUCGAAAUCUGUCUAGAUCUCUUAGCAGUGUUUCUCCGUGGAUCAGUGACAAGAGGGGACCAGUUGAUACAUCGCAUCUCAAUUCUGAUGGGCUUUCCUCCCGGAUGAAACGAAACAAUGCCAUUUAUCGACAAACGACGAACACCCAGGGACUGCAUCAUAGCGAGGCUCCUCUCUCUACAUCGUUGGGAAGGGGGCAGGAAAUUUACGGCGAGGCCUAGACGCGGUCGAGCAGGAGUGCGUGUUAGACGCGCGGGGUAUACUAUACCGCCUCCUGUGUUAGGAAAGGGAGAUGCUUCUUCUUGUGUGCUCGCAGCGCCUUACGAAUUAAACUGCGGGAACUGUGGUAACACGAUAUCCAUGCG